GGGCGCGAGCCCACGCGAUUGCCCUAUCCGCGCUGCGAAUUAUAAACAAAAAGCUCCGGCAGUCGAGCAGAUUUCAGCAUGGCCGGUUCAUCCGCGGGAAGCUCAGUUAACAACCUGUGGGGCCCCUAUAAGGCUGUGUACCAGGCGGUAGAGAAUGCGAUAUGGAAGAAACUACCAAACUCCUUCUAUCAGCUCGAUGCUGUCCUCAAAAAGCACAAAUCCGACUUUAUUUCGCUCUUCAAAAACCCCGCAAAAAACCCACUGCACAGGGAACGUGUAUGCCGGGCAAACACAGAUGGCCUGGCAGUGGAGGGCCAGCAGGGCACACGCAUCAUUAACUCGGACCUCAUCGAAGAGGCUCUCAUUCUUAGUGACCUCUUCAAUAUGAAUGAACUGAGUGCCCUAGAGCUCUUGCUUGCAGGUGAGGUACAGCAGCCAGACUUCCCAACAUACACCAGGGGGCUUGUCGCUGUCAUGCUUUACUGGGAUGGCAAGCGCUGCAUUGCCAAUUCUCUCCGCUCGCUCAUACAGUCUCGCCGUGGAAAGACUUGGACACUAGAACUCAGCGAUGAGCUGGUUUCUUUAACAACCAAAUUCACCAAUGAAUUGAUGGAGGAGGGUUUGACAAGGAGAAUCCUUGAGCUACUCGACACCAUCAGCUUCAAUGAUGAGUUUGAAAAACUGCGGAAGGAGCGUGGCCUAGGAAAUGAGCGUCACCGAAAGGAGGUGGGGCAAAUGAUUAAGGAGUCCCGGCAGUCCCUGGCGGAGUGCCUGUACGCGUGGUCAUGUCAAACGCCAUUGGCCCGAGAGGAUACACUGCUGCUGCUGGAACACUUGGAGAGGACCAGCCUCGAUGGGGACGGUCGGCUCGACUCGGUCACGCUGACGCUGCUCGUCGCCCUGCUCUACUGCUUCGAUGUCAGUGUGCUGGAACAGCCGCUGGAGGAUGCAGAAGAGCUGCGGCGCCAGCUGCCCCUCAUGGACCGUGAGUACGUGCACGUGGUGCACACGCGCAUCAUGGACCAACACGAGUGGAAGGUGCCAGGCCUGCAAGCCACCGUCCGGCUGGCCUGGGCCGCAGGCCUGCGUGGGGUCUCACAACUGCCGGAGUCUGCAGCUUUGGGAGAGUACAUCGAAGCGGAUGAGACGCUAGUGGACAUGGCGCUCGCGAGCGGCGUAUUCCUGUUCCUGCGCGAAGCCGCGGUGGGGGCCGAGACGUUCUACCAGGAGGAGUUCUACAUCCGCCGCUUGCACACCCUGCUCGCAGACUUCAUCGUGCUCAUGCCGCUCAAGGUGAAGCAGCUGCGGAACCGUGCGGACGAGGAGGCGCGCAUCGUGCUCAUGAACCUGCAGCUGGGCGGCGAGCCGCCCGCGACGCGCUCCGAGCUGGAGCACCUCAUGCUGCUGAUUGGAGAGUUUUAUAGCAAAGACCCGUUCAGUCUGGAGCUUGCUUUGGAGUUUUGGUGUCCAUCGGAACCCUUGCAAGGACUCAACGAGACGGGCUCCUUUCUGGGCAUGUAUCAACAAAGGCCCCCGCCCAGACAGGUGUCACUGUCCAGGUUUGUGCGUCAAACCGGUGACCUGCUGCCCUCGUCCCUCUACGUCCCGUACCUACGCAUGCUUCAGGGCCUCUCUACGGGCCCUAACUGCUCGCUCUACUGCUUCAACCUACUCAAGACCAAUGGCACGGGCCAAGCAGUGGAGAACACCAUCCAGGGAGUGAACAGCAGUGCCAUCUCCUGGGAGCACUUCUUCCACUCGCUGAUGGCGUACCGCGAGCACCUGAAGAGGGAGGCAUCCGGCGUUGACGCCCAGCCCGGCGCACGGCCCUACGCUCCCGCGCUGUCGCUCAAGAGCGUCACGCCGCGCGAGCAGGAUGGCCUGCGUGCCGUGCUCCGUCUGACCGCGACCAUCGCCCAGCAGAACGAGAGCGCUCGGCUUUCGCUGUACGAGCAUCCCCAGUGGGCGCCGCUCGUGACGAUGCUGGGGCUGGUGCAGUGCGCUUUGCCGCCCGUGCUCAAGGCUGAAUUGCUCAACACAGUGGCCGCCUUCGCACGCUCGCCCGAAAUCGCCGCCACCCUCUGGCAGGCCAUUGAGCUGGCACAGAUCCUUCAGACAGUGAAAUUACCAAGUCAGAGACAGGUUUCUGGAAUUGAGAUGGAGCUGACGGAAAUUGAGGCUCGGUGCGAGGAGUACCCCCUGACACGUGCGUUCUGCACGCUGCUCAGUGCUCUGCUGGACGACUCUGUGCCGGCCAGCCUCGGCACGGGGCUGCGCUCACCCGGCUUUGACCCCUACCUCACGUUCCUGCGUGAAACCGUCUUUCUGAAGUUCCCCACUCGUGCAUACCGUGAUCCGGCAGAGAAGUGGCAGGUGGCUGAAUUGGUGCUGCAGAUAUUUCACAAGCUUCUGCGUGACUACGACCCACGUCCCGAUGACUUUGUUGAGCAGCCAGUGGAUGUACAAGGUGAACUGGUUCUUGCCAACAAGCUUCCGGGAUACAACCUCAUGUAUCACCUGCUGAACGAGUCGCCCAUGCUGAACCUGUGCCUCAGCAUCUUGGAGGAAGGGGUCCGGCUGCUCGACAUCCACGUGCCCUUCCCUGGCAAGGCCUCCCUGGAGGGCGCCCUGCUGUCGUGCUUGUCCAUGCUGCACGCCGCACUGCGCAAGGAAGGCCUCUUCAUGGACCUGCUGCGCGAGAGCCACUCGAGCGUGAUCGUCACGCCGCUCGAGCAGCUGCUGCAGGGCAUCAAUCCGCGCUCCAAGAAGCCCGACCACAUCGCCACCAUCGCCAGGUAUCUGUGCCACAGUGCAACAAACUCGCCCCUUGUGGCCGAGGGUGCAAAGAUCCUGUGCCAGGUUUGCCAAUACCCGAACAUCCAAAGCAAGCUUGUUGGAGACUUCACACACGACAAGAGCACCAGUCAGAAGUUGCUGGCUGGCUUCGUUGAGUGUUUGGACAAUGAAGAUUUGGAAGAGGUUGCCUUGGUGGAAGAAGAGAGCGACCUGGAGGGCAUCGUUUCUAAAAGGAGUGGCACCCGCAUCCACAUCCUCAACCUGAUGCUGUACUCUCUGGAGCAAAAGCCACCCAACCUGGCACUCUUCCUGCUGGGCUACGAGCUACGCAAGCCCGUUAGCACCACCACCCUACAGGAUCCUGGAGUGUUGGGUUUCCCACGCACGUGCCUGCACUCCAUCCUGGCGAUACUGAAUCGCAGCGUGGAGAAGAACGCCAUCCCCUCCGCCUCUCCGCACCUCACUGAGCUCUGCUACCAGGUGGUCUACCGGUUGUGUGCCAACUCCGACACCUCAGGACCCACCAUGCGUUACUUGCGCACUGGACAGGACUUCUUGUACAGACAUCUGCAGCACCUGCCUUUCCAGGCUGCAGAUGGGAACAGGAUACUGGUCCUCACGCAGAUGUCGUGGUUGCUGCGGACAGUGGCGGUGGAGUUGCGCGUGACGUCACUCAAUCGGCAGCGCUCGUACACUCAGCGCCUCCUCCGGCUUCUGCUUGACGAGUCGCCUUUCCGUCCCGGCGCCGACCCAGAGGCAAGCCAGGAGGAGGAAUCCAGAUUUCUGAGCAGCUUUUUUACAAGCGGAGAUUCAUCUGCCAAAGUGCGCAGGAAGAUUGUGAGCAUGCUGGAUGCCAUAGACUUCAGCCAGAAGUUCCCCGAACCAAUGCAGCUGGACUUCUUUGAUAUGGCCCAGAUGGAGCAAGUCAUCAUGUCCUGCGAGCAGCGUGGCCCACAGGGGCUCACAGUUUGCAACAUCAAGAUGCUGCACAGAAUCCUGAUGACCGAGGUGAACACGUUGCAAGGCAUGGGAGCCCUUGGGCAGCGAGCCCUGCUGCUUGCGGAGCUUCGCUCCGUGCUGGAGCACGUGGUGGAGAGGAAUGCGGUGCGUGAAAGCCUGCACGCCAAGCGCGACGCGCUGGAGGCCUGGCGCCAGGUCGUGGACACCAUCCUCGCCUCUUGUCCCACCGAGCUCCUGCAGGGAGACGUCCGGCUCGGCCUCAUCACGGACCUCCUCAAUGACCUCUUCCGCAAGAGCCUGGCCGAAGAGGCGGUGCCAGAAUUGACGCCGGUGGUGGCGAGCAUGGUGUUUACGCUGUGCACGCACCUCAGCCAGUCGUUGCGCACGGAGCAGGCGGGGAGACCUCUGCCAGUGCAGCCGGCCUCGCAAGGCCCCGCGGACGAGCGCUCGGCGUUUGUGUCCAUGCUGAACGGGACGUCGGGGCUCGCAGGCCUGGCUUCCAUCGGCGUGGUGUCGCUGCAGGACAUCCUGAGGAGCCUGCUCAACUUCAUCAUGAAGACAAGUGGCGGGAUGCAGCGUGUGCGCUCGUCCUUGUAUGGGGCCCUUCUCUACUACUUGCAGGUGGCCCAGAGCCCAAUGGAACCCGACACACUGCAGACUGGCAAGGGCUCUAUGUGGAACACGUUGAUGGCACCCGAGGACGACUACAGCCGACUGCGGCGAGAGAACGCGCACAUCAUAAAUGGCUACGGCACGCCUCUCAUGGAGGUGGUCUACCGUGACGCCUGCGACGGCCUGGAGAUCGGCAGGAUGCUCGCAAUGGCCCUCCUGGACCAAGUGGUGGCAAUUGACCGGCAGCAGCAGUGGCUGACGUUCCUCAUGACCAGCGGCUACCUGCAGGUGUUGGUGGAGAGCUUGGCGCAGGAUGAUGCCACGCUGAUGGGCAUGCUCGUGCCUGAGCCGCCCGUGCUAAAGGCGCUCUAUGUCUACGAGUCAAAGAUGGCCUUCUUGACUCGCGUUGCCCGGAGUCCCCAGGGAGCCACAGAGCUGCUGAGAGCCGGUGUCAUCGCCUGCCUGGCACAAUGCCGCGUGUUCAGCCUCCGUCCUGAGCUCGACCCCUACAGCUUGUAUGGCGGUAAAGACCGGGAGAGUUUCAUCCCUUCGAUGUUGGACCGAUACCGGCAGAUACUUUUUUCCGCCUUGCAACUGUGUUCCACCAUCCUCACGUCGCUGUCUCAACAGCAGCAGCAGGCCGCCAGCCAGGUUAUUCAGUUCCUGGUGGUUCACGGCGAUGCAGUGCAGUCCAUCCUGCGGUGCCAGGAGUUCAGCCUGGGAGCCCUGCAGGAGCUUGCUCUGCUUGUAAGCAUUAUCUGCAAAACUGCAUUGCACGAGUUCUUGUCUGUGCUGGACUUCCAAGGUAACGAGGUGGCACUGUUAGAGCUGAAGGGACACCUAUCUCGCAUCCAACGGCAGACGCUCGGCCUUCUGCUCAAGUUCUGCGGCUCGGACUGGCUGCGUCAGCUCAAAACCCUGGAUGACGGUGCUCAAUCAAACGGCCUGAGCAAGAGGGACGAGGCCACCCUGGCCAUACAGCAGAUCUGUGCCAACGUCGUGGAUUAUUGCCGAACAAUUCUCACGCAGUCCGGCACCGCUCCGCAGCAGAUGGUCUGUCUCUUUACGCCAAGUCUGGCCGAGGCCCUGCAGAAGGAUGGGUCUCGCAGGGAUGAGAACCCAUUGUCGGUGACGCCGGCCUGGCAGCUGCCUAGCCUCGGCGUCCUGUUCUGCCUGGUGCGGCAGGCGGCCGAGGACUUUACGCACGUCCACAACAUGCACCAGCAGAGCCUGCGCAAGCUGCAGGGCCUUGAACAACUCUCAGCCGACGACUUGCGAGAGCUGUCCCAGCCAAUGCUACCGGCGGGCGUGGAGAAGCUAUCAACCAGCCAAAGGCAGGAGCUGGCAAAGCGCCGCCUCACUCGCAUCAUCAACCACCAUGCAGAGCUGCUCGCCCUUCACAACUACACACUGGAGAACAGCCUGUUUGUGCUGUGGCGCCACCUGGAGUUCUACUGCCAGCACUGCGUUCCAGUCGACCCCUGUGACUCUUACCUGGGCGCCUCUACCGUCCAAUUGCGCCCACGACACCUACAGGACCCAUUUGGCCAUGUAGCGAAGAAUGACCAGCCAUCCUCUGUGCCUUUAUCAAGAAUCACUCGACAGGAUGUAGACCAGCUGCUGAGCGACGCGUCCAUCUGUUUCGGGGAUGCUUUGCACAAGAAGCUGCAGGACAUUGAGAGCACGUACGGAAAGAUGCGCUCGCGAUAUGCCUUCGUGCAAGUGCUGGCCCGCCGUAUCCGCGGCCUGCUCAGCCUCAAGAGGGCCUGAGGACGACACUGCGCAGCUCCGCUGAUUGCAAUACACAACCAUGACCUUGCAUGGCAUGAUGUGGCUAGACACAGGAGAAAGUUUAAAACAUUACAUCUAAGUUUAACACAGCUUCUGUCUCUUUUGUGUUGCGUCAAGUCUGCUCGUGUAUUACUGUACUGAAGGGAUGGACACCGUUUGCUGAUAUGUUUGCCCACGGCUAAAUGUAAGGCUGUAUUUUAAACGUGUAUCCUAACUGCUAAAUGCGUGACAAGUUGUUUUGAAUCGAAUGAGUCCUACAAAUGUCUCGCGCAUCGUUGUAACUUUACAUUCACUUGUGAACACAGAUGGGAAACAAUGAUUUGUGGAGUGCAAAAUCUCUUGAACAAUGCAUUGCUGUAGUAGUUUGUUAUAGAUGGCAGACUGAGUCGUAAAUUGUAAAUGUUAUUAUUUUUCCUAACACCGUUUCUAAUACUUUUUUCUAAAAGGGUGAUCUGAAGCUAUUGCAAAACUUUCCUAAUUAAUUAGUAUGUACCAACAUUUUUUUCUGCACUUCUGGUCAAAUUGCAAAGUGCAGGUCAAGUGUUUAGCCAGCCACUGAACGAUGCUUUAAAAGGCCACUCAAGUGGAAAAUGUAUUUGUAUGGAUAAUGCUACACCCAACCAUCUUGUCUCCACCCUCUUGACAAGUUGAGUUUGAAGUGGUGUCUUUUUCAAGGGUACGUGUGUUCUCCGCUUUACUUUGAUAUCCUGUAUGGAAUCGUGGUGACAUGGCAACAUAGACAAUUGAUUCUUGUAAAAGUGUCAUUUGCAACACACUUCAGUACAAUCCAUUACGUUUUUUUGCAUAUAUGUUGGUAUUGAAUACAAAUGUGUGUUAAUGAGGUUUUUAAUAUAUAUUUUAUAUAAUUCAACAAUUAAAAACCUGUUGGCCACAUUCUGGCAUUGUGUAUGUAUAUAUAAAAAGUUUCAAUUGCAUCUUUUGAUUGCAAAAGUGUGGCCUUUUGAUAUUUACCGUCGGGCUGUUUAUUGUAAGCAAAGCUAACAGUCCUUUUAUUUGAACAUGCAGCAUGUUUGUCUGAUAUUAAGGGAACGUUUUCGUAAUGUAAUAAAGUUGUUUCGUUAAACAUG